ACUGCCGCGGCACUGCCGCAGUCGUGUACCCCGGCACAGGUGGCCCGCGCGUCGUUUGGCCGCACAGCGACGGUUGGGUUGCAAAACAUUUUCACGGCUGAACCAUAAACGACGAUCGCACACCCGCCGGCAGCAAUAUUAAUCGGCGGCGGCGGCGGCGGCGGCGGCGGUAGCGACGGCGACGGACCAAAGACAUCCCCACACAACAACAACCAUAGCGCGACGACAGAAACGGCGACGGCGGCGGCGGCCCGGCGACGACGAUAACAUGGAGGAACAGUUGAUCGCAGAGAUCGAGCGGCGGCCCGUGCUGUACGACAGGAGCGUGCAGGCGUGCAAAAAGAUGUCGGCCCGGGACGAAGCGUGGCGCGAAGUGGCCGAAAUAAUGAAGCAAUCCGAGGCCGAAGUGAAAAAACGGUGGAGAACGCUCCGGGAUUCGUUCAUGCGGUUCCACCGGCUGCAGCGGACGUUCGGGCCCAAGGGCAAGAAGAAGAUGUGGAUUUACUACAACGAAAUGGCGUUUUUGAUACCGCACAUCGAGCCCAGAGACUACAAGAUGUCGGGAGCCUUCGACGGCGCCGAGUUCAACGACGACUGCAACGCGGACAUGGACAACAACAGCCGGACGGCCGCGGAUACCCAUCCCGCCGACAUGGUGUCCAUCGCGUCCGACAUGUGUGAGGCCGAGCUGACGACGCCGCCAAUCGGCAGCGCCGGGUGCCAGUGCUUCAACGGCAUCGGUCUCCACGUGCAACAGGAACCAUCGAACAUGUUGAUGAUGGAACCGGUCGGCGGCGGCGUCAAGCGCAAGGGGUCAGACGACUCUUCGGACUCGGUCACCGACUCCGACGAACACUUCGCGCUCAGUUGCGUCGCAUCGCUGCGCCGUCUGCCCAUACGGAAAAACGCCGAAAUGCGCAUGAGGAUCUUGCACAUGCUUUACGAGGCCGAGUACGGCGAAGAACCCGUACUGCGAUAGAUCGUCGUGUUCGUCGCGUUGUCAUCAUAUAAUAUUCACAUUAUUAUUAUUGUCAUCCACAAUGACUGUGACAUUUUGUACAUAUUAUUUUCUCGUUUACUAUCAAUUAUUACUAUUAUAUUAUUAUUAUUAUUAUUUAGUACACCAUUAUUAUAUAAUAUAUUCUUAUGCUGUAUCGAUAUAUAGAUGAUAUUAUUAUAGGUCAAAAUCCAUUUUACCUGUCUACAUUGUGACUAAUU